UACAGCACGAGCUCACUUACGGCAGGUUAGUUCAUUGCGAAGAAGUGUCACAUGGAAGACGAUGCAGGCAGUGGGUGAGAAACGAGAAUAACCAGCAUUAAUUGCAUUACAGAAAGAAUAACAGAUAUGGAGAACUACAGUAAAGCUCGAACUGUGGAGCAGCCAUGCAGCUGUCCAUUCACCGGCCUACCCAGUGAAACACCGGAGGUUCGAGUGAAAGAUGGCAGCAAGAUCCGCAAUCUAAUGCGGUUUGCGUUAAGUCGCAUGGAGGACAAACCAGCUUCUGCAGAGGGUGAUGGAGAUGGCGAGGAGGCCGAGCCGAAGCGGUCUGUAGAGAAGGUAUGUCGGCAGAUCAUGUUCACUGGAGUCGGGCCAAGUGUGUCCAAAGCCAUCACUUGCGUGGAGAUCCUGAAACGCAGGGUGCGUGGCUUGCAUCAGUAUACCCGACUGCACCACCAAACUGUUCAGGAGGUGUGGGAACCAUUGGAGCCUGAGGCUGGUUUGGACAGCCUGACGGUCAACAGAAAUGUACCAGCUGUAUGGGUGCUACUCUCCAAGGAUCCUUUGGACACCAACCAGCCAGGUUAUCAAGCGCCAGGCAGCUUUGAUGCCCUGUGGGCUCAGGCGGCCAAGGAAGAAAUGGCCAGUCAGAGACAUGGACAGCGGAAAAAACGAGGAGGAGGAGGAGGAGGAGGAGGAGGAGGAGUGGGCCGUGGGAAGGCCCCCGGCAAGGCCCCCGGCAGACAGGCAGGGCGCCCCAGAGAGCCGCGGAAAAGCCAGGGUCGUGGAGGGGGGGGUGGACCAGAGUAAGCUUUGCCCACAGAGAAACGUGAAUUACAAACAUGAUUUGAAGGUCAAAUAUGACAGCCUUAAGAGCAGCAUACCAGAAGGGCAGGCUUAUCUUUAAGGACAGUUCAUGAUGUGACUGGUUUUGAAACUCUUCAUCAGUUGUAUGUGUUGUCAUGAGGAAAGCAACUGAGGACUGACCGGGUGGCAACAGACAAACGGAAAGCGGUCAUGUAGGAAAUGCAUUUAUGUAUUUGUGCUAUAAUGUAAACUCCUCAACUGUGUAUUGCCA